AUUCUCUUGCCCAACAUUCUAGGACUGGAAUUCCAGCAUCAGAUUCCUCCCAGUUCUGCAUCUGGCCCUGCUCUGAAAUCUCUUACCUAGUUCUAGUUCCCAGCCCCAGCCACCAUGUCUUGGCAAUCGUACAUCGAUGAUCACCUUAUGUGUGCCCUUCCGCACGGAGGGCAGCUGAAAGCGGCUGCUAUUGUUGGUAAUGAUGGCUCUAUUUGGGCCCGGAGUGCUGACUUUCCAGCGUUGACCCCAGCUCAGGCAAUAGCAAUCUGGGAAGGAUUUGAAGACAACGCUGCGGCGCUUGCGGGGAGUGGUCUGUUUCUGGGUCCGAUGAAGUUUAUGGUCGUCCAGGGUGACCCGGGUGUUGUCAUUCGUGGCAGAAUUAAGAACCCUCUUGUUGGUGGUUGCUGCAUCAAGAAGACGGUCGGCGCAAUGGUGAUGGGCAUUUUCGAGGAGCCUGUUGCUCCAGCUGACUGCAAUAUGGUUGUUGAGAACAUGGGUGAUUACCUCUCCGGCCAGGGUAUCUAGGAUGCUCCGAGUCAAGAAAAUGGCUCAUGUGUAUGCUGCAAGCAUUCCAAAAGCCAACAUGGGACCUGUUUCGUAUUUAGUGAGAUACCCUGGUGCUCUGUGGUCCUAUGCACUGAUGCAUCUCAGCAUGGCGGCUACCGGUAUCCGUGUAAGCUACCUAGGUCUUCUUUACGUCACUGGCGCGUGUAGGGGCUGAAUUUCUAGGCAUCUCCGUAUGCAUUCAUGAAUUUACUUGUAUCCUGCUUCAGGAAGCGUUACCGUAAUCCCCAGGAUACCAGCGCUGCCGUUAAUUUAGCCCAUGGCUCCUACACAGUGUAAAGGCGAAUAGAGAAAAAUUCGUUAU